UGUGUCGGCAUGGAGUCUGCCAUCACAAAGGAUGAUGCAGUGAUCACUGCCUACAGAGCUCACGGCUGGGCCUACAUCAGGGGCAUCAGUGUUCUAGGAGUGCUUGCUGAACUCACCGGUCGUGUGUCUGGUUGUGCCAGGGGCAAAGGGGGCUCCAUGCAUAUGUAUGCUCCAAACUUCUAUGGUGGCAAUGGUAUUGUUGGGGCUCAGGUUCCUCUUGGUGCAGGUAUCGCAUUAUCCUUAGACUAUGAGAAGAAACCCAACGUAUGCCUCACACUGUAUGGUGAUGGAGCGGCUAACCAGGGACAGGUUUUCGAAGCCUUCAACAUCGCCAAGCUAUGGAAGCUGCCUGUAAUCUUCAUCUGCGAGAAUAAUGGCUAUGGUAUGGGAACCAGUGUCAAGCGGGCCUCUGCCUCCACUGACCUUUACACCAGGGGAGACUACAUUCCGGGAAUCUGGGUUGACGGUAUGGAUGUUCUGGCAGUGAAGGAGUGCACAAGGUUCGCCAAGGAGUAUGCUCUUCAGCAUGGACCACUGGUGAUUGAGUGCGACACGUAUCGCUACAAUGGACACAGCCCGAGUGACCCUGCCAGAUAUCGAGACCCAAAAGAGGUUCAGGAUGUACGAGAGAAUCGUGACCCAAUUAACAACCUCAAAAACAGGCUCCUCACUAAAGAACUUACCACAGAAGACGAGCUUAAGAAUAUUGAACGAGAUAUUAGGAAGAAUGUUGAUGAAGCAGCUGCCAAGGCCCAAGCAGAUCCUGAACUGCCUCUCGAAGAGCUGUACAAAGCCAUCAUCAAGGACCCACCAGCUGACAUGAGGGUGCGAGGUUGUGAAUUGUCCAUCCAGGCAAAAACAACUGCGUAAAAUACUAAUGUGGUGAUUGCUAUUUGCACUUGCUUAGUUCUGUUGGACAUUGUUCUAUUGGGAUACAUUGGGCUGCAAACGAAAACGUCUUAAACUCUAGUUUAGUAAAAGAUCUUAUUUUC